AUGAUGGUGAUUACUAAUGCUGAUUGUCGGAAGUGUCAGCAAGUUCUUGAGAUCGGCACGGAUUUGACGGUUGUUGGUAGGGCUGUGAGAGACAAAGAUGGAGCUCCCAUGAUAGGACACGUAUAUCAGCUCUUCAGUGGACAUAUACAAGUUGAAGAAUUCGUUGCUGAUCUGGAAGCAGAAUCGGAGAGCGAUAGGACUUUAUCCUUAUGCGUAACAGUUCUGGGUGCGGUUUUGCUUGUUCUGAGCGCGCAUAAUGCAAAUUGA